AUGUUUCCCAUUCUGGAAGCUUUCCCCCUUCGUGUCUCCCUGCCACCGUCGCUGCGUAAUGAGGGGAUGCGAUCUGGCCGUGAAUGCGUGCCGGCUCCCGGCAAAUCUGAAGAGGUCUCUUUUCGCCACGGCCAGAAUCCAUCCCUACGUGGAAAGGGCCCCCCGAGGUACGGGGAGAGCGAUCUAGCGUUCCCAGAUGAUCAGGUCUGGGUCGAAACGUCCUCUGAAUAUUCAUUCAAAGAUGAAACCGAUCAGACCGCCGCAGAGUACCAUGUGGUAUCCGUGACAGAACCUAAAUCGGGCUCAAGGUCACCGUCGGAGGCUCGUUCCUCUCCGUCGUCUAGCAUGGACCCUUCUGUGCCGGGGCCGAACAAUUCCGUGCCUCUUUAUGUCGCAGAUUCUCGUGGCUCGCGGUCGACUUCUGCCAACUCGCCUCUUUCGACACAUACGCCUGUGGUGCAGCCAAGACUGGCUAGUAUCAACGAGGCCUACCUACUCCGGCAUUACCAACGGCAUCUAGCACCAUGGCUUGAUGCCGGGGAUCCCGAACACCGGUUUUCUUCGGAUGUGGCCAACCUGGCCAGCCAAUACCCACUACUUCUCUACGCAUGCAUUGCAGUAUCAGCAUGCCAUCUUUCCCGUACAGCAAACACUGUCUCUCCCGAAGUCGCAGACAGUUAUCAUGAACGCUGCGUCUCCAUUAUGCUCCCGGUGCUCGACAAACACGACUUCGACAUCGGUAUCGACAUCCUUCUCAGCUCCACCGUCAUCCUACGCUUCUUUGAACAAAUCUCAUCCCACACACCAUCCAACGACCCGCAGCGCCACCUCCUCGCGGGAUCCGUCUACAUCAGUUCCCAUGUGGACUGCGCUAUCUCGGGCGGCCUCGCAUCGGCCUCCUUCUGGGUCUUCUUCGCACUUACGUACCAAAAAUGUCUUCGGCUAACGUUCGCACCCUUUGACGACCGGCUUCGCCGCUGGUGGGUCGCCAAGCCGGUCCUUAGCGACGGCGACUGGGUUAACCGGGCGAUCUGGAUCCUUGCCGAGACGAUUGAUUUCUGUUAUAACGUCUCGGGCCGGAACUACGGAGGUCAUUUGGGUCCUGUGGGCGAGAAUGCCCUCAAGCUGCGCAUCCUGGAAUGGGAGCAUGGCCGGCCUGAUACCUUUGUUCCGUUGCAUAUCUCACCGCGGGAUUAUGCGAGAGGGAAGCCGUUUCCCGUUGUUUUGUACACGAGUCUUUGGCAUUCCACUGCGAUGCAACAUCUGUGUCUCGCCAAGGCUCUGAUGUUGAUUCGGGAGACGGAAGUAUAUGACAACUCGCAUGAGCAGCGCGUGAGGAUUAAGCAACAAAUCUCUGACAAUCUCAAUUAUCUUUUCGGCAUUGCACUAUCUGCAGAUGAUGAACCAUCAUUGCGGAUUAUGGCAUGCCAUGCAUUGUGUGCUUGCAGCUCGUGGAUAGACGAACCCCUCGCGCAAAAUCUCCUGUUUGACCUACUUCGGCGCACGGAAAGAGAAAAUGGAUGGCCAUGGGCGUAUGUUGAACAGAGAAUUCUUCAUACAUGGCGGGGAAAUUCAAGAUGA